GUUCACGUUACUUAUAUGUUCAUCCAGAGCCCGAUUUGAGCUCGUUAUCCGGUCAAAAUGCCCGACGUAGUGAGCAUUGUUGCUCUCAGCCUUACCUGCUUCCAUGGCUGUGUCAAAGGAUUAAUCGUCCUUGGCAAGGCUAAACACUACAAUCGAGACGUCACGGAUGUCCGGCUACAGACCGAACUUACGCUGCACUCUCUCAUCACAUGGGCUGAAGAAGCCGGUCUCACCCAAGAUCCUCCGACAUUGUUGAUGAGCGCAAACCAUGCCGCCCUUGUCCCCGAGAUCCUAGGCCAGCUAGAAAUGCUCCUGUUAGAUCUCAACCAAAUGAAGCAGAGAUACGGUCUCUAUCUACAGUCGACUACAGAGGACGUCGAAGCUCUCUACGACGAGGACUCAGCGCUAGGUCAAACGGACCGCCAACGAGGACGCACCGAGAAAGCCUACAUAACUAUCUUUCGCAAGAGAAAGGAGCCGUGGAAGAGGCUCAGAUGGGUCACUUUGGAUGACAGGAAGUUCGACCGACUCUUGGACAAGGCCAAAAGCUACAUCGGACAAAUAGAGAAGUUUCUCGAGCAGGCGAAACAAGAAAGGCGGGACAGAUAUCUCGAGCUAUGCCUCCGGAAUACAAUCUUGCACGCCACCGGGCAGCAAGAGCUUGGUAUCAUCGGAAAAGAGUAUGAAAACGCUCCCUCAAGGCUUGCCAUUGCCGCCGCGGCGAGAUUGAAGCGGACCCGACUGCAGUUAGGCUUUCCAGAUUGGGCCAUGGGAUCUUCGAUGACGACGCUCACAAAAUCUGUCUCAACAAGCACCAUUGUCGAGAGACACGAUUCCAUGAACCCUAGUACUCUCAACGUGCCUCCGAAAGAGAUGAAAGUCUCCAUGAGGCUAUUGACCUUAUCCCGGGGAGCAAGAGCUCAGCCUCUCCGGGCGCUGGCAAAAUACGACGGCCGAGUUGUGUUACUGGAGUGGAAAUAUGUAGCGGGCAUGACGGAUCCAACCAUCUUCAAGAGAGUGAAUCAAGUUGCCGCCUUGCUGCAAGACCUCGGUCCAACACUCCAUAGCUUGAAGUGUCGAGGUUUCGUCAGUGAUCAUGUCGCAAAACGAUAUGGUUAUAUUUUCGAUCUUCCGGAUGAUCUAAAUCCGCCGUCGCAUCCUCGAAGACUGUCAACCUCAGAUACGGACGCGAUGCAGCCAAUGCCAGAGCUCAGAUCUUUACGACAAAUGCUGGACCAAUCAAGCACGCCCUCCCUUAACAUAAGGCUAUCCCUUGCAGUCACAUUGCUCGAUACAUUGCUGAAUCUCCACACAUCCGGGUGGCUGCACAAGGAGCUUCGCUCUGACAACAUCAUCCUCAUUCGAAGAACAGAAUACGGGAGCGGAACUACUAGGGACGACCUUUCAACUUACUCAGUAUUUAUCGCUGGCUAUGUUUACUCGCGUUUGGAUAGCCCAGGUGAAAUGACAGAGCCCCUGAAGUCAGAGUUGGAAGCGGACUUGUACCGUCACCCUUCUCUAUUAUGCAGUGCGCGACAGUCGUACCAUAAGAGUUUGGACAUAUUCAGCGUGGGGUGCACGCUAUUAGAAAUCGGGCUUUGGUCUAGUCUCCGACAAAUCCUUGAGUCCCACUCAACCAUUGGUUCGAAAUCUACGGAGUCACCGUUGCCCGAGAGGUCGAUGUCGGAUCCGACUCUAGUUAGCACCAAUGCACUCGAAGAGGUGGACGACGAACUUCAUAAAUCCAGAGCCGAGCCGUCUCGUCCCGAUCUCAUGGGCCUGAAACACGAGCUCUUACUCUCCCAUUUGGCGAUCCAAAGACCGAGACUCGGCAAAAUGGCAACCCAGAAAUCGUCCCUCACCGAAGCCAAGCGCAGCAUGGUUAUGAGAUCGCUGGAAGCCGCCAUGGGGAAGCGUUAUACCACCCUCAUUGAGGAAUUUCUUGCAGCUGGCAACAUGAUCAAAGAAACGAAAUCUGAUGAGCAUGAGUUUGCACUUGAUUUGGAAAUGAGGGCUAGGGACAUAGUACAAGCCAUUGCGGAGGCAAUGUAGCAAGGUAGAUAUCGCGGCGUAAAGGCGAGGCACGUUGAUCCCGGGCAACAUGUUAGUAAAUUAGUACUUAACGGCCUCGAAAUGAACG